GUUAUGUUUCUCAUGGUUGUCGUAGUUGUUAAAACGUCAAAAUUUUAGAGCCUUUUUGUUGUCAAUAAUUGUGUUUUCUUAUCAGAAAAAAUAUUAAAAAAAUCGUAUUUUCAUAAAUAAUAAAUUAAUUGCAAGCCCUUAAAAAAAAUGAGCCUCGUUGCCUAUGGAAGUAGUGAUGAAAGUAGUGACGAGGAGAUUGUUACAAAUGAAGAUUCAACAAAACAAUUAAAUAACACGAAAAGUAUAAUAGAAAAUAAUAUUGAAAUUUCAAAAAUUAUCGAUAUCCCGAUAAAAGAUGAAACUUUACAAGAAACGAAAAUACAAACAACUAUCACAAUAGAUAAUAUUCCAAAAGCUGAGAAAUCAUUAACAAACGAAAAUAGAAAUCGUAUUAAUUUACCAAUUCCGAAAAUAGUUCAAGAAAAGGAUUUAAAUGUAAACAAAAAUAUUGUAAACGAUAUUCAUAAUAAUGGUACGAUUAAUUUCAAUCUUUUGCCACAACCAAAACAUAAGGAUAUUGUCGAAACGACAAUAGAGGAUGAUGAUGAUGAUUGUUUACCUCCAUCGAAAUUAUUGUUAGAAAAACCAGAGAAAAAAGAAAAAGGCCCUGUCAAAAUAUCCGUACCUUCUCUUUCUGAUUUUAAAGAUCUCGACCAGGAAAAAGAAGCGAAAUCCAGAACUAAACCAUCACAAAAAGGAACUGGAUUAUUCGCUGUUCUUCCACCACCGAAAUCGGAAUUAUUAUUAAAAUCCAAACCAAUGGUUCCCCAUGUAAUUACUAAAAAAGAAAUUCCAAAACCAAAACCUCAAGAGAGAAAUAUCAUCGACAAAUUAAAAUUCACGAAGAAAUCACAAAAUUCCCUAAUUAAUUAUGAUUCAAAUUCUGAUGACGAGGACAAUAACUCAAAAAUUGAUUUUUUCUCAUUAUCAUCGACAAAUGAUGAAAUUCCCCUAUCCAAUGUUUCAAUUUCCGAUAUUGUUAAUGAAACAAUGAAAAAUUCAAAACAAUUUUCAAAAUUAGAAAAUAAUAGUCAAGGAGAAAUUAAUAAAGAGACAGAGGAGGCACAAAUUUCUAACAAAACACUUGUGAGUAAUGUAAUUAAUUUACCAAGAGAGGAUAUUAUUUAUAAAAAUAAAGCUCAAGUUGGACCAAAAUUACCAAUACCAGAACAAGAUUAUAAUGUUGAUUCAACGGGUAAUCUUGUUUUUGAUGAAAAAGCAAUUGAAUAUCUUUGCGGUAAACGGGGUGUGAAGAGGAAAAAUAAAGAAUUUCAUGAUGUUGAUAUUAUUGAUAUUAAUGGUGAGGAUAUUAAACCAGAUGAAAGAGAUUGGAUGGUAAAGGCAUUAACAGAGGAACCAGUAACAAGACCAAUUUCACAAGGUGCCGGACCAAGUGGUCAAUCGAAAAAGAAACAUCAAAUCACAUAUUUGGCACAUCAAGCAAAAGCCAUGGAGGUUGAACUUAAAAAUCAAUGGGCCCAAAAUAAACUCACUCGACAACAAACGCAAUCUAAAUACGGAUUUUAAAUUUCAAAUUGAGUUUAAAAUAUUUUUCAUUUAUGUUUCCAAUUUUCUUUUUAAAAUACUAUCAAAUUUGUUUGUUUUUUUUUCAAUUUGAAAUUAUCUUCUGUUAUAUUGUAUAAAUGUAAAAAUUAAAAAUAUUUUUACUAAA